CUAAACAGGGAGGGUUUUUUCAGAGAACAUAAUAUACAAGAAAACAAUUGCUUGCUUCAUAACAAGCAACACCAAUCAAUGGAUGAGGCAAACAACAACAUGUAUGGGGAAAUUGAAGAAAUUAUCGACAAUAUCGAACAGAGGUUUAACCAGAUCAACAAAUUUAGCAUACUUGACUAUCCUCCAUAUGAUCAUCACUUCUUCAAAUAUGACAGAAAUUCCAAGAACAUGGGAUUGGAGAGCGCCUUUCGCCAACGAAUCGAAAAAGAAUGGCUUUUAUUGGAGAACAAGCUUCCCAGUUCCAUUCUUGUCAAGUCUUAUGAGAAGAGGAUUGAUCUUAUGAGGACAGUCAUAGUUGGUCCACCCAAUACGCCUUACGCCCAUGGCCUCUUCUUUUUCGACCUACUUUUCCCAAGAAACUACCCUAAUUGUCCUCCAAGAAUUCAUUACCAUUCUUAUAAUCUUGACUUGAACGAAUUUUUGGACCCUAAGGGUAAGGUUACACUUAGUCUAUUGGAAGGUGGUAACUUUGUGACUAACUGGUAUUGUGGUGUUCAAGGCAAGUGGAAUCCAGAAAAGUCUAACAUAUUGCAAGUGCUCACAACUAUUCAGACUUCAAUCUUGAGUACGACACGCGUAAAUCCUAGUGGUAGAGAAGGUUACAAGAAAGCAUUUACCUUGACAUGUAAGGGCAUGAUAUAUAUGCUGAGGAGACCCCUCAUGAACUUCCGAGAUUUUGUAGAAGGAUACUUCAGGACAAGGGCUCACUAUAUUCUGCUGAACUACAAGAAGCAAAUGGAUGGCAGUGACUUGAUGGUUAAUCUUUUCCAUGAACUCUACAGGGCUUUUGAACAGAAUGGAACCUAUUGCAAGCACCAUCGUUUGGUAGACCUUCCGGCAAAGGAGAAGAUCAAACAGCCAAGGGUUUGUUAAGAAUGUUGUAACUAUCUUGAGCAACGUACUCUCUAAGCUGAAAAAACCUGGCCUGAGAAAAAAGAUAGGAGUAGUAGUAGUUAAUAUGGUAUGCGGAUGAGCAGAAUGUAGUUUACAUAAUCAUUCUUUUAUUUUUUUCAAUGCUAG